AUGCGAAAUCGAGACAGCCUGCAGUCGCUGCUCGACGAGAGCCACCAUCAACGGGCCAAGAUUGACCGAAUCUGCAGGCGGCUCCCGCUCCAGAGGAAGCUAUCCAAAAAAGACGUGGCCGGCCUGGAGGAGGCCAAGGCGUCGCUAGCCGAGGCCGUCAUCAUGCCCGUCCAGUUCCCGCACCUCUUCACAGGCGGCCGCCGGCCCUGGACCCGCAUCCUGCUGUACGGGCCGCCGGGCACGGGCAAGUCCCGGCUGGCGGCCGCCGUAGCUGGCGAGGCCGGCGCCACGCUCUUCCCUGUCUCGGCCGCCGACCUGCUCUCCUCCUACGUGGGCGAGACCGAGAAGGCCAUGUCGGAGCUGUUCGCCCAGGCGGGCCGGCUGCCGGGCCGUGCCGUGGUGUUCGUCGACGAACUGGACGGGCUGUGUCGCGUGCGCUCGGGCCGCGAGGAGGAGCACACGCGCCGGCUCAAGACGCACCUGCUGCAGCUGAUGGACGGCCUGGUGGCCGGCCAGGCGGCGCGCACCUUCCUGCUGGCCGCCACCAACUGCCCCUGGGACCUGGACCCGGCCUUCCUGCGCCGCUUCCAGAGGCGCGUCCACGUGCCGCUGCCGGACAGCGCUGCCCAGAGACGGCUGAUCGAGCUGCACCUGGCCGGCACGGCCACCAGCCUGACGGAGUCCGACUGGCGCGAGCUGCUGUCCGCCACCGACGGCCUCUCCGGCUCAGACCUGGCCGAGCUGACGCAGCACGCGCUCUAUCAGCCCGUGCGCGAACUGGAGGCGGCGCACAGCUGGCGCCGUCUUGGCGACGAGGGCCGGUUCAUGGCGUGCGAGUCGUCCCACCCGGACGCCUUCGCCUGCUCUGUGGCCGACAUCCCCUUCCACGCGGUGGUGGCGCGCGACCUGCGGCUGUCCGACUUCCAGGAGGCGCUGCGCUCCACGGGCCCGUCUGUCAGCGCCGACAUGCUGCGCCGCUACCACGAUUUCCGCCUGGGCCGCGGCUCGGCCUGCUAG